AUGCUUCACCCUUCGGGGAAAGGAGAGACCAGCUUGAGGGAUGUUUCUGCACAGGGUAUCAUUUCCACCUUAACGACCAAUACAGUGGGUCCCCUGGUCAUGGCCAAGUAUUUCUCCCCCCUUCUUCUUAAGGGCAGUGGUGGAUUUGGUCAGCAGCCUGCAGAGAAAGCCAAACAGCACAGCGGGAUCAUUGUUAACAUCACAGCGAAAGUGGGAUCAAUUGGAGACAAUGGUCUUGGAGGUUGGUACAGCUACAGAAUGUCUAAAGCAGCUCUCAACAUGGCCACUAGGAAUUUGUCUAUAGAGCUGGGCCGCAGUCGACCCAAGGUUGUUUGUGUGUCCCUACAUCCAGGAACAGUGAACACAGACCUCUCCAGGCCUUAUCACCGGAAUGUGCCAAAAGACAAGCUGUUCAGCGCUGAACACUCUGUGAACUACCUAAUGAGCAUCGUUGACACACUAAAUAUAGAAAAGACUGGAAAAGCGUACAGCUGGGAUGGAACUGAACUUCCGUGGUAG